UCCCUCCCGGCUGGCUGCUUCCCCGCCCUCGGAGUCUGGAGAGCGGCUGGAGCCAGGCGGGAGCGCGAGGUGCAGGGGGCUGGUGGCGGGAGGCGGGCGAGCCGCGGGAAGCAGGCACCAUGGUGCUGUCGGUGCCUGUGAUCGCGCUGGGCGCCACGCUGGGCACGGCCACUAGCAUCCUUGCGCUGUGCGGGGUCACCUGCCUGUGCAGGCAUAUGCACCCCAAGAAGAGGUUUCUGCCUCGGGACCACGAGCCUGACCCGGAGAAGGCGAGGCCCGGUGUGCUAGAGCCAGCCCAACAGUUCAACGUUAAAAAAUCCACGGAGCCUGUCCAGCCUCGGCCUCUCCUUAAGUUCCCGGACAUCUAUGGCCCCCGGCCAGCCGUGACAGCCCCAGAAGUCAUCAACUAUGCAGACUACACUCUGGGGUCCAUAGAGGAGUCUGCUGCGCCUGCCAGCCCCCAGGCCCAGAGUGACAGCCGCCUCAAGAGGCAGGUCACAGAGGAGCUGUUCAUCCUUCCUCAGAAUGGUGUGGUGGAGGAUGUCUGUGUUAUGGAGACCUGGAACCCAGAGAAGGCUGCCAGCUGGAACCAGGCCCCCAAACUCCACUUCCGCCUGGACUAUGACCAGAAGAAGGCUGAGUUAUUUGUGACUAGCCUGGAAGCUGUCACCGGUGACCACGAAGGAGGCUGUGACUGCUACAUCCAAGGCAGCGUGGCUGUCAAGACGGGCUCUGUGGAGGCGCAGACGGCUCUGAAGAAACGUCAGCUACACACAACCUGGGAGGAGGGUCUGGCCCUGCCCCUGGGUGAGGAGGAGCUCCCCACGGCCACCCUGACGCUCACCCUGCGGACCUGUGACCGUUUCUCCCGCCACAGUGUGAUUGGGGAACUCUGCCUGGGCCUGGAUGGAGCAUCUGUUCCCCUGGGAGCGGCACAGUGGGGUGAGCUGAAGACCACAGCGAAGGAGCCAUCUGCAGGGACUGGGGAGGUCCUUCUGUCAAUCAGCUACCUCCCAGCUGCCAAUCGCCUCCUGGUGGUGCUGAUCAAAGCCAAGAACCUCCACUCCAACCAAUCCAAGGAGCUUCUGGGCAAGGAUGUCUCUGUCAAGGUGACCUUGAAGCACCAGGCUCAGAAGCUGAAGAAGAAACAGACAAAAAGAGCCAAGCACAAGAUCAACCCUGUGUGGAACGAGAUGAUCAUGUUUGAGCUACCGGACGACCUGCUGCGGGCUUCCAGUGUGGAGCUGGAGGUGCUGGGCCAGGGCGAGGAGGGGCCGAGCUUUGAGCUGGGCCACUGCAGCCUCGGCCUGCACGCCUCAGGCUCCGAGCGCAGCCACUGGGAGGAGAUGCUGAAGAACCCGCGCCGGCAGAUCGCCAUGUGGCACCAGCUGCACCUGUAGUCGGCCAUCAGCUGCUGACAGUCCUUCUGGGACACAGUCAUCCUCCAGCCUCAGCCAUCAGUCAUCCCCUCCUGCCCUGUCCACACGCCUACACCCAAGGACAGAGGCAGAAAUGCUGGCUGAGGCCAGGACCUCAGUCCUCUCUUACUACAUUCCUAAUACUAAAGAGUGAGCGGGGUCACCAGGACGGUGAGUGUGACUGGCGCAUCAGGGUCACUCAGAGUUCUGUGUCUUGCUCAUCUGUGUUAUGGAAAAAGACAUGUGUCAGGUACAGGCACUCUCUGUGGGCAGUCCUUGCUUACGUCAGUCUAAAGCAGAGGUUCUCCAUCUGUGGGUCGUGGCCUCUUUGGCAUGCCUCUCUCCAACACUAUUUAUAUUGUGAUUCACAAGAGUAGCAAACUUACAGUUUUGAAGUAGCAAUGAAAAUAAUCUUAUGGUUGGAGGUCAUCACAACUUGAGGGACUGUAUCAAAGAGUCUCAGCAUUAGGGAUGUUGAGAACCACUGGCUGGCCAGCAGGUCCCUGGAAUGCCUGGGGGCAUCAUGCCACACUGAUGAUCUGGAUGGAAUAUCCGAGGCAUCUGUCCUUAACAAGCACAGGGGUUCUGGAGCAGAGCAGGAGGGGCUGUGCCUGAUGAGAUCCCUUUGACAUAUCUGACAGCCUUUCCACCGCCGUCCUCCAAGGGUACGAAGACAGAAGCUCUCUGCUUACAUUGUUUCUCCCUUUUUAUAUUUUCGCUCUUUGAUUCCCACUCUUGAACUAUAUUGUGUGUUUGGACUGUCUUAUUGAAAAAAUUGGGGUGGGUUUUGUUCGUCUUGGUCAUGCCUAGGGAGCCUUUUCCCUGGCAAGCCUAGGUUAGCAUCCCCUGGGGUGCCUGCUGCAUUCGGAGGGCUAGCUGUCAUGUCCACCAGUGUCUCCCGCCAAGCUGACUCUGUGGGACAGACUUGUACUUCUCAGUGUGCCUGGGCUUCAGGAGGAAGCAGCUCGGAGCUUGGCUAAUUCCGUCAGGCUGUGUGAACGAGGAGGCGGAUGACAGCUUUAAAGAGGAAAUGUAGCCGCUUGAAAACGUGCCUCCUUCCGGUUUGGGGGACACGUUCCUUCAACUGGAAACAAGAAGAAGCUAAGUUUGGCUGCCUCUGUUGAUAUUUCCAAUAAAUGCCCAUCUAGGAAUUAAAUGUAAGUGGCUGUACAAUUCAGGUUGUCAGUCGCUUCCUUGCUCCACAGCGCCUCAGCGUGGCCACCUGUGGCACAACACCGAUGUCAUGGGAGCCUGCCAAGCCAAAUUCAGAAGGCAAUCAACCAGUUUCUCAGCUGACAUCAAUCUGUCACUGCUCACCUCAUAUAGUUCCUAGCUCCUCUCAUGGCUGUACUUUCUCUCCAAAAUUUCCUCUGUAAAUUACUCAGAGAUGUGAGAACGCUGAACCGAAAACCUUUAGUGACCUUUGACACUGGCUUAGCUUGCUUCCAGCCAGGCUUGUAAGCCGCCUCUGAAUCAAUGAGCAACCCUGAAUCUGCGUGAAAAUGUGGGAUCAGUCGGGGAAAGAACCUAAGCCUUUGUCAGGGGGCAUUUUCUAGCAAGAGGCAGAAAUAAAGCGAGAGGCACUUUCAGGCUUGGCGGCUGCUGGGCAGUUAGUGUGUGAGUUCCCACAGUCCUCUGUGAACCCCCUCCCACCCUCACUAGGUGUCUACUUGUCCGUAUUUGCCCACCAAGACCUUGCAUGUGUCUGUCCAUUCUGACUAGAGAUGACUCCAGGGCGGCCACCAGCACACCCCCUUGGUGGAAGCAGCAGAUAGGAGAAGCCGGGAAAGGAGGUCAGCUCAGCUGCUCUUGGAUGUCAGCCAGCCCGGUGGGAGGCGCCAGUGUCUGGACUGAGGUGGCAAUCUUUGGAGUGUCUCUGCCCUUGGUGUUUCCUGUUGUUAGAUGUUGUUAGACGGUCCCAAAUCAAAGCACAAAAAGACGCAUGAGACAUUGUGGUCACAUGUCUGGUUACAAUUUGGAGCACAAAUCUUACAGUGGUAAAUAAAUCAUUUCCAACGGGGUUGGCA